UUCCGUCCUCUUCGAUCUGGGCACAGGUGUUCCUCCACCAGCUCGGGAAUCCCCUUCCACUCGCCACCGCCACCGCCGCCGCCGGCGAGCCACGGACCUUCUCCUCGCCCCCAUCCCCUCGCCAACACAGGAAGAUUCGCGCCCAGGAGGUUCUCCUCUGACAGCGGUCGCCGCCGCCCCCUCCAGGUAAUAUUCUACUGCCCUGAGCACAUUGAAAGAUGGUUAAUGCAAUCAAGGGGCUGUUCAUCUCCUGUGAUAUACCGAUGGCUCAGUUCAUUGUUAAUAUGAAUGCUUCAAUGCCCGCAUCGGAGAAGUUCAUCGUGCACAUUCUUGACCCCACACACAUGUUUAUCCAGCCUAAUAUGGGAGAUUACAUCAAAAGCAAGAUGGCGGAGUUCAGAGACCAGAACAGCUACGAGAAACCAACAUGAAGGGCCCCCAUCCAUUACCGCGCGAUGUAGAAACCACUGCACCUUGCUAUGUUCAGCUAGCCGAGGCAAGAAGCAUUAAGAGAUACCUACACUAGCGGUUGAUUCCUGGCUAUGUGGAAUGGUUACAGACUGAACAACAUGUACUCUAGUGAUGUACUGUAAUGGUAAUUCUGUAGUAUCAAUGUAUUGAAUCUUCAUGUCCUCUGGUUGACCCUUUACUUGGCAAUGAAAUUGCCUUAUUUUA